CCAUUGUUCUCGGUGCCCCUCGGGCUUGAGCCACCUUGACUCCGGAGGUGCCGGGCAGUGCCCGGGGGCGCUUUUGCUCGCGGAGCAGCCGCGGGAUUGGCAUCUGGUCUCUGGAGAGCCAGACUCCUUGUUGAAAUUUGAGGAGGGUGCUGUCUUCUCAGAGAGCCUGGCUGGAGAAGACUGAAGGUCAAGGUUAGAAGCCUGAGUGAUUCCCCCCAGAACGUGGAUGAUGGCCUCGGAGGUGCCGAGAGUAACCACUCCCCUGAGCCCCUUAGUCCGUGUCCCUCAAGAGGAAGAUGACCAGGAGGAGGAGGUCACCACCAUGAUCCUGGAAGACGACUCCUGGGUGCAGGAAGCUGUGCUGCAGGAGAAUGGCCCUGAGUCAGAGCCCUUUCCCCAGAGCGCCGGCAAGGGCAGCCCCCAUGAGGAGGUGGCCGGAGGGCCACAGGGUGCCCUUGGCCGUCUUCGAGAGCUCUGCCGGCGCUGGCUGAGGCCAGAGGUGCACACCAAGGAGCAAAUGCUGACCGUGCUGCCAAGGGAGAUUCAGGCCUGGCUGCAAGAGCAUCGACCCGAGAGCAGCGAGGAGGCGGUGGCCCUGGUGGAAGAUUUGACCCAGACCCUUCGGGACAGUGAUUUUGAGAUCCAGAGUGAAAAUGGGGAGAACUCUAACCAAGACAUAUUUGAGGAUGUUGAAUCACAUGAAAUGUUCUCCGAAAUGCCUGAAGGGGAAGGCAUUCCACAAUCUGACUGGGAAAGUGACUUAGAGAGAGACUGCAGCUCCAGGGGGCCCCGGGGAAACACCCCGGGGGAGGACCAUGGGGAGGUGCCACCCCAGGGCAGGGAAGUUGGACAGCUCAUAGGCCUUCAGGGCACCUACCUGGGUGAGAAGCCCUAUGAGUGUCCCCAGUGUGGGAAAACAUUCAGCCGGAAAUCCCACCUCAUCACGCACGAGCGGACCCACACAGGAGAGAAAUACUACAAAUGCGACGAGUGUGGAAAAAGCUUUAGUGAUGGUUCCAACUUCAGUAGACACCAAACUACUCACACUGGGGAGAAACCUUAUAAGUGCAGGGACUGUGGGAAAAGCUUCAGCCGGAGUGCAAACCUCAUAACCCACCAGAGGAUCCACACGGGGGAGAAACCCUUCCAGUGUGCUGAGUGUGGCAAGAGUUUCAGCCGGAGCCCCAACCUCAUCGCCCAUCAGCGGACUCACACGGGGGAGAAACCGUACUCGUGCCCUGAGUGCGGCAAGAGCUUUGGCAACCGGUCCAGCCUGAACACCCAUCAGGGGAUCCACACGGGAGAGAAGCCCUACGAAUGUAAAGAAUGCGGCGAAAGCUUUAGUUACAACUCCAACCUCAUCAGGCACCAGAGGAUCCACACAGGAGAGAAGCCGUACAAGUGCCCCGACUGCGGACAGAGGUUCAGCCAGAGCUCGGCCCUCAUCACCCACCGGAGAACUCACACGGGAGAAAAACCUUAUCAGUGCAGCGAGUGCGGGAAGAGCUUCAGCCGCAGCUCCAACCUGGCCACGCACCGGAGGACCCAUCUGGUGGAGAAGCCCUACAAGUGCGGGGAGUGCGGGAAGACCUUCAGCCAGAGCUCCAGCCUGAUUGCACACCAGGGGAUGCAUACGGGCGAGAAGCCCUAUGAGUGCCUGACAUGUGGGGAGAGCUUCAGCUGGAGCUCCAACCUCAUCAAGCACCAGAGGAUCCACACAGGUGAGAAGCCCUACAAAUGCAGUGAGUGUGGGAAAGGCUUCAGCCAGCGCUCCCAGCUGGUGGUGCACCAGAGGACCCACACGGGUGAGAAACCCUACAAAUGCCUCAUGUGCGGCAAGAGCUUCAGCCGGGGCUCCAUCCUGGUCAUGCAUCAGAGAGCCCAUCUGGGAGACAAGCCAUACAGGUGUCCUGAGUGCGGGAAAGGCUUUAGCUGGAAUUCAGUCCUCAUCAUACACCAGCGAAUCCACACCGGGGAGAAGCCCUACAAAUGCCCCGAGUGCGGCAAAGGCUUCAGCAACAGCUCCAAUUUUAUCACACAUCAGAGAACUCACAUGAAGGAAAAACUUUACUGA